AUGUCAGAACCAGAACAAUCAACAAGUAAUAAUUCUGCGACAAAAAAUUCUAUAACACCAUCAACCGACCAACAAAUACCUCUAAAAAUACUCGCGAUAGGAUCGGCUUACGAAGAUACGAUACUUUACGUAGACAAAUUCCCUCCAGAAGAUGGUAAACAAAGGGCUCAAAGAGUUGAAAAAAGAAGAGGCGGUAAUUCAGGGAAUACUCUUACCGUUUUGUCUCAAUUUACAAACGUAGACGCUUGGUUUAUGGCUUCUAUGGCUUCUAAAGAAGCUUCUACACCUAGUGCAUCGCAUGCUCCAGUUGCGUAUAUUAUUCACGCUGAUAAUACAGGUUCAAGGACUAUUAUAAAUUAUAACAGCAUAGAUGAAUUGACUUUUGAUGAAUUCCAAAAAAUAUUCGAUGAUACUUGUAUGAGAGAUAAUUCUUCUAUACCUUUUAAUUGGAUUCAUUUUGAAGGACGUAAUGCUGCUGAGGAAGCAAAAAUGAUUGAAUAUAUUGAUACCAAAGAUUGGAGAAAUAAUACUAUUAUAAGUGUUGAAUUUGAAAAACCUUUUAGAAGAGGAUUGGAAGCUUUAAUUGAUAAAGCAGAUGUUUUAUUUUUUUCCAAAGUUUUUGCUGAAGGUAAAGGAUAUGAUCAUGCUGAUGAAUUUUUACAAAUUAUGAGUCCUUAUUCUGGUGCAAUGUGUUUUCAUAAUCCAACUAAAAAAUUAUUCUCGGCGCCGGCUUUAGCAAUACCAAGCGUAGUUGAUAGUGUGGGUGCUGGUGACACAUUUAAUGCUGGUGCUAUAUAUAGCUUGUCGCAGGGAAUGCCUCCGGAAAGUUGUCUAAGAUUUUCUUGUGAGUUGGCAGGUAGAAAAUGUGCACAGAUUGGUUUUGAUGGUGUCGUUGAGAAAAUGAAAUUAGCUGCAAUGAAAAAGGAAGAAAUCACUGCAAAUAAGCAAAUGAUUUGA